UUUGUUUUAAAUAUAAAAUAUCUAAACGUUAAAAAACGAGUUAUUUGCAAUUUAUUAGUAUUAACAAAAGUCUGGAAGUGUUCAGGUCAAGAAAAAGAAGUGUAUCAACAAUAUUUUCCUGCAUCAGUAUGGAAUACGGUCCGUUAAACGCCCACAAGCACAACCUCCAGAAAGAGUUGGUAUGCAUUGAGUAUCCGGGUUUAGUGCACAACCCGGACCGAUUGUUGGCGUCGUUCGGUGGACAAUUGGAGUUAAGCACGGCGAUUGGCUCUGAAAAACGACGCCUGGAACUCCGCUUCCGACCGGAAUCAUGCUACGCUAAGCCGGCGUUUGGUGAUCGCCAUGCCACAUCUGGUUUAGUAUUGAAAAUCAAAACGCGCCGUAGACGGAGCCAACCAAGUGAGGUCCAAGUAAGAUCGAUCGAAAUUGCUGGUCGUGUCAGUUUGAUGUAUAAAUUUGAGAGCAUGUGUGACUUUCAGUUGCUUCCUGCCUUCCGCAAUCAGGCGGGAACAGUUGAGUGUGCUUAUGAACAAUUGGUUCCCAAAGGGAUUAUCACUACGAUCCCGAAAGAAACUCCAGCCAAUGUCCCUUAUUUCUUGCCGCCCAUUUCGUUCAGUAGAUUCGACACCGCUCAGACUAGUAUUUUUAAAGCAAAGGACAUUGUGACAGAUGUGGUGGGCAUCGGCGACAAAGAUCGAGCCAGUCGAACAAAGCAUGGAUUGUAUAUGUCUUUCAGUUUAACGGAUCCACUGCCCACCGAGCCAAACCCGCUAGCGGUGCGUACAAUUGAACAAAAGAGAAUACCCCAAGAAACAAUUGAUUUGAUCAGUAAUAGUUUUAUGGAACGCCCGGUUUGGACCAAAUCAGCCCUCAAGGGAACAUUCCAACUAAGCGAAGACGAUGUACGCUAUAUUCUACCAGUGAUGGGGAUUUAUUUUGUAAAUGGCCCUUGGCGUGGCACCUGGGUGCGUUUCGGGUAUGACCCACGUAAACAUUUUGAAUCUCGUUUCUACCAGUUACUGGAUUUUCGCGUUCGAGCGAUUGGUGCCCUGCACGAUAGGAUUAAGGUUAAAAGGACGACGAAUGCAACGAAACCGUGUAUGCGUUUUGCCAAUAGCCACUUUGGCGCUCGAGAUCCAGAUAAACCGAGUAUCGCACGAACUGUUGCAGAGCAAAGCAACUUCUCUUUCACCAUGGAUACGCUACCUCAGAUGAGAAUUAUAUUCUACCAAUAUUGUGACGUGAAGGUUCCCCGCAUUCAGCAGAUGUUGGAGAAAAUUCCUACCCCUAUGACUGGAGUAACGUGCAGUGAGAAAACCGGAUGGCUACCUCCGCGAUUUGACGAGCAGUGUCGGGACAUUCUGACGGAAAUAGUGCUCACUAAUUUCAGAAAGGCCAGGGAGGUCGAUUCCAAUACCAGUGAAUUCGAAGAAACUGAAGGCGAUGAAACGGAGAUUACAUUCGACGAUGAGGAUGAAAAUGAAUCUGGCGAAGAAGAAAGUUUCGACGAAAAAGGUAUUUCUGAGCUAGAAUAAAUAAGCGUGGUUCAUCACCACAAAACAAGGUAGUUUUUUUACAAAUGUAAUUCCCUGUAA